ACGGUAUUACACAUCAGUGGUAUUCAUAUCGUUGAACUAUUGCAUGACGAUGGUGUCUUACAAGAAUAGGUUCAUGUCUAUUAAUUCGUCGCAGCAUUCUAAGCUGAAGCGAUACCUGGACAAGCUCCAACGACACACUGCUAGAGAAAUAAAAACCCGGAUCAAAAUGGCUCGUAACGAAUUGUUACAAAACGACAACUCCCGUAUCCUCGCUACUGCAAAAAAUGCACUAGUGGCAUACAGCAAUGCAAUCAUCAGUGGUGCCACUUGUGCGACGGAAUCCGUUUCUCUCACUGAUAAAACCCUAUCGAAGCAAAAGGCCGUGUAUUUACAACUUGAGAAGAAAAACAAAUCGUGCACACUCAAAAAGGAGGAGGCGGAAUUUAACACUUUUAUCAACGGAUUACUUCGUCGUGUGGACAAAUGCUGCGAGGGUCAUCGUAAAGCUGAUAGCCACGAGGAAGACCCAGUGGACGCAUUUUGCGGCACGAAGUUGAAUACACUAGAACACUUUAAAUAAUCAGCAAU